AUGUGCCUUCUUCUUCAAAAAGAUAUCGAUUUUGACUUCAAUGUUGCAUGCCAAGAAGCCUUUGACAAACUUAAAGACUUGCUCACUUCCGCACCAAUAAUCCAACCUCCAAAUUGGGAGCUUCCAUUUGAAAUAAUGUGUGAUGCAAGCAAUUUUGCUAUUGGAUCGGUCUUAGGUCAAAAAGAGGGCAAAGCAUCACAUGUCAUCUACUAUGCCUCCAAAACCUUGGAUAAUGCUCAAGCCAACUAUUCCACCACCGAGAAGGAACUUCUAGCCAUUGUAUCCGCCUUGGAAAAAUUCCGGCAAUACCUUCUUGGGACAAAAGUAAUUGUGUAUUCCAACCAUGCCGCAUUAAAGUAUCUCAUGACCAAGAAAGAUGCCAAGCCAUGGUUGAUUCGUUGGAUUCUUCUUUUACAAGAAUCCGAUCUUGAGAUAAAGGAUAAAAGUGGUGCCGAAAACCUAGUUGCGGAUCACUUAAGUCGGUUGAAUAUUGGUGAUCCUUCUUCUCCUAUCCUUGAUGAAUUCCCGGAUGAGCACCUCUUCUAUAUGUCAAAUUCCAUUCCAUGGUACGCGGAUAUUGUGAAUUACUUGGUUACUAAAGAAAUUCCUCAUGCGUUUACCAAGCACCAAAAGGCCAAGUUGAAGAGUGAUUCCAAAUACUACAUAUGGGACGAUCCUUAUCUUUGGAAACAUUGUCCGGAUCAACUCAUACGGAGGUGUGUUCAUCAAAAUGAGGUUGAGUCAAUUUUGAAGUUUUUCCAUGAGUAUGCAUGCGGAGGACAUUUUGGUCAAAGCAAAACCAUGCGAAAGUGGGUUGAAACAAAGGCUACACGGCACGAUGAUUCAAAAACUAUAAUUGAAUUCUUGAAGUCAAACAUUUUCGCAAGAUAUGGUGUACCGAGAGCCUUGGUGAGUGAUAGGGGCACUCAUUUUUGCAAUAAAAUGAUGGAAGCAAUGGCAAAGAGAUAUGGUGUCACACACCGGAUAUUAACCGCUUACCAUCCACAAACAAAUGGCCAAGCCGAACUGUCAAAUAGAGAAGUCAAACAAAUUCUUGAAAAGACCGUCAACACUACCCAAAAAGAUUGGAGCUUAAAGUUAGACGAUGCUUUAUGGGCGUAUCAGACCGCCUACAAAACUCCAAUUGGUAUGUCUCCAUUCCGCCUUGUCUAUGGAAAAUCUUGUCAUUUACUGGUGGAAUUGGAACACAAGGCAUAUUGGGCGGUUAAAAAGUGCAAUUUCAAUCUUGAAGAAAGUGGAAAGCACCGAAAAAUGCAACUUCAAGAAAUCGAGGAGUUGAGGAACGAGUCUUACGAAAACGCAAGAAUCUACAAAGAUAAGACAAAAGCGUUUCAUGACAAGCACAUCACUUGA